CUAACUGGUUAUAGCAUUUUACUAAACCAUGGACAAAAACAUUUCGGUUGUGUCUAUUAAAUAUUUCACUCAGAAUGAAAGGGUGGAAGCAGAGAUUGAAAUGUGGAAAUAUAAUGGCACAUCCAAUGGCAUGCCUAGCAAUACAUUUGUUGAGAACCCAAAAGUCCGUCAGAGUCGAUGGCGGUCCAUCCGUGUCAUGUACCUCACGAUGUUCCUCAGUAGUGUGUCCUUCUCCAUCUGUAUGUCCUCAAUAUGGCCGUUUCUGAAACUGCUGGACACAGAUGCAACAACAGAUCUGUUGGGCUGGGUGGUGGCUUCCUACAGUAUUGGUCAGCUCAUUGCUUCUCCUUUCUUUGGCAAGAUGGCUAACUGUUUGGGUAGAAGUCGAGAACCUCUAGUUGUGUCUCUCAUCAUUAACAUUCUUGCUAACAUUCUGUAUGCCUAUCUGGAAGACAUAAAGGAACACAGACUAGUGGCUCUGAUUGCUGCCAGAGCGUUAAUUGGAUUUGGUGCAGGAAAUGUGGCGGUGGUCAGAUCUUACCUAUCUGGAGCCACCACAAUCAAAGAGAGAACAGCAGCCAUGGCGAAUCUCAGUGCUUUCCAAGCAAUCGGCUUUAUUGUAGGACCAGCAAUCCAGACAGCUAUGGUCCCCAUUGGAUACCCCGGACCAGUCCAUAAGUCCGGGAUACGGAUAAAUCUGUACACAGCUCCAGCAUUCCUUAGUGCCUUAGUUGGUCUCCUUAAUCUCAUCCUAUUGUUUGUGGUAUUCAGGGAACACCGGGUUGUAGAUGAAGAAUAUAACUUCAGCAUUCAAGACACAGGCAGAGAAAUUCCUGAAUAUACUCCGGAUAUCUUUGCUGUUGUGGCCUCUAACAUCAUCUUUUUUGUGGUGCUGUUUAUCUUUGCUGUCUUUGAGACAAUAGGAACACCAUUGACCAUGAAUAUGUAUGCUUGGACUCGAGCACACGCCACACUGUACAAUGGAAUAAUAUUAGCAGUAGGGGGAGUGGUAGCUAUUUUAGUGUUCAUUGUCAUCAAAUUUCUCUCUAAAAAAAUUAAUGAGCGAUUUUUGUUGAUUGGAGGACUUGUUUGUUGUCUUUUGGGCUUCGUGGUGUAUCUUCCAUGGGGACACAACUACCCUCCCUCCCAAAUGGCCAAAAUUUACCCAAACAGCACACCAUCAAUAAACGAGUCAUGGUUUACUGUUUUACCAUCUGCCCAGACUAUAUCCCCAUACCACAACCAGUCCAUCAAAGCACCAGCCGUGGUCGGUAACAGCUCAGGGGGGAAUCCUGAGGCCACUGGGUGUCCAGAUGCCUACCAGUGGUGCGCCUAUACCCCCAUUGUAACAUUGGCCCAAUUUCUUUGUGGCACUGCGCUCAUUUGCAUAGGAUAUCCAACAGGAAAUGUCAUGUCAUAUGCCUUGUAUUCCAAAAUACUGGGACCAAAGCCUCAGGGUACAAUGAUGGGUUUCCUCACAGCCUCAGGAAGCCUUGCUCGAACCGUGGGACCAAUAUUUGUCAGCUUAAUUUAUAAUUCAUUUGGUCCAAGGGUGACAUUUUUGUCCAUGUGUGGUAUGAUCAUUCUAACUUUGGGCUGGAUCUUAUUUGUGUAUAAGCGCCUGGUGCCUUUCAGAUUUGAGAAAGGAAUGGAACCCCCUUCAGAUAUAUAAUACAGACGACAGUUUUAUGCAGUGGCAUGUAAAUGCUCAGGAUAUUAAACAUAUCAAUUUCCUUCAUUUUUCAUUAUAUUCUACUUUUAAAAUAUUUAUUGUAUACAGUAUACUGAGUUGCAACAACUCAUAUUUCUUGACAUGCCUUAAUUAAGAGGGUUAUAUAAUGAACACUGAUGCAGUACUGUGAUAAUAUGCAUCAAUGAUGUAUUCAUGGAUAUCUUUUAGUGCCAGCAUUUUUUUUAAAGGAGAGCCUGUUCAUGAGGAAAUAAGAGGGUAUCUGUGCUCUAUUUUAAUUGUUUAUUAUUCAACAUGACUUCGAUUGUUUUUAAAUUUUGUUUUAAUACUCAUAGACAUGCACUGAUAUACCCCAAAUCACUGGUGAUGUCAAAAUAAUUUUUGUUUGGAGAAAUUAGCUGCAUAUCAAACUCCACAAUAUCGUUAUAUCUUAGUUUAUAAAUUAAUUAGCAUUUAUACAUGUGAAAACUGUUUGAAAUGGAAUUAAGAUACACGUACAUGUCAUGACUUUGUCAUGUCACAAUCCCUGUUUAUUUCAAUCUAUAUAUCAUAUUGCAGGAUACAUUGCCAUAAUGUCCUAGUUAUAUCAUUAACCAUAUGUGUGUCACAUCACAAUCCCUGUAUCAUAAAUAUAUGUAUCAUAUAUUGCAGAAUACUUUGCCAGUAAUGUCCAAUUAAAUAAUUUCCCAUAUGUGUGCAUAUUUGUGUCUUUGCUGAUAUACUCAAAUAUUUUCCUUUUUUUUGUGAAAAAUAACAUGAAAUAUGUAAUGUAAAUCAAUCCAAGUUAAUUUGGAUUUCCCAAAU